GUGGCUGAUAAUAUAAACAGGUGCAAGAUGGCGGGUGUUGGGGAUGUUCGGGAACGAGAUAGCAGCUCGCCCUCACCUGUCGAAACCCCAGACAAUCCCGAUGGAACUAAAGAUAGAGCUGCUUUGGUGGAAGAGCUAAACAAUAUUCAGAACAUCAUCCAUCUGACCAAGGAGUACAUUGAUGACCUCAAUUCUCGCUUUGCUGGCUUCCAGCAUCCUCCGUCGUUAUAUCUCACGGAAUAUACAGAAUUGACAGGGAAGUUGCAUAGAUUUGAGGCAAAGGAACAGGAGAUCCUAGAGCAGCUGACAUUGAGUUCGACCACAGAGCACCCAGCUCAGACCAAUGGCUGUCAUGAGGACUUCUCUGAGGCCCCACCUCCACCUUCAGAGGACAUGGAAACAAGCUUCCAUGCCACCUCUCAGAUCACAGCAAGUAGUAAUGGUGUAUGUGAAGAAGUUAUACGGUCCACCCCACAAUCUCCUCUGCGAUCAGUGGUGCGUGCUCACUUGCCAAACAAACAACGUACUACGGUGCAAGUACAGCCUGGACGCACAUUAAAGGAUGCACUGGCAAAGGCCCUUAGCUUUCGUAAACUUUCUCCAGAUGUCUGCAUCGUUUAUAGAAAAACAAAUCCAAAGGUCCGGAUGUCAUGGGAUUCAGACAUCGCUCAGCUGGAAGGAGAGGAGAUUGUUGUGGAGGUACUGGAGAAGUUUCCUGUCACAACCUCCAUAUCUCACAACUUUAUUAGAAGAACAUUCUUUUCCUUGGCAUUCUGUGAUAAUUGUCGAAGACUCUUAUUCCACGGGUUCGUAUGCCGCACAUGUGGUUAUCGCUUUCAUCAGCGUUGUUCUAUAGGAGUACCAACAUUAUGUCAGCAGGAUCAGCGCAUCACCAACAAUAUCUACCAACAUUUAUUAGCAUCUCAUCAAGCUAACCCAGCAGGAAUAUUGACAACAACGGGUUAUGGUGGUCCACCUGGUGUCCAGCACUCUCUUAUUGGCCCAUAUGGUAGUCAGUACCCCGGACCUUAUGGUGGUCAUUAUAUGGAAGGUUACCGCAAUCAGUAUUCUGUACACUAUAGUGGUGGGGGUGGAGGUGGGCAGGCACCACCCACCCUUCCUCGACCUGCCCCAGCACCCCUGGCUCCCCGUGACCGCUCCUCUUCGGCGCCUAAUGUCUGCAUUAACUUGGUCAACCCGAGCAAUCCUUCUGAAGCUGCAUCCCUGGCAGAGUUUGCACAUAGAAUGGGAAGGAACUAUAAUCCUGCGAGUCCAGGGGUCCACUUCUUUGGGUCACCAACCUUCUAUCUGCAUGAUGGUGGAAGGGGAGCUUGGAGCCCCCCUACUCACAUGACCCAUAUAGCAAUGCCCUCCCCAGGGUAUACACCAGGGGGGGUACUGGCACCGCCCCCACCCACCAGCCCCACCAGCAGUCCCACUCGACCGGUCCAGGGCUCACAUUCGGCACAGGCCUCCCCCACUAACACUCUCAGGGCUGUGCGGCCCAGAGCUAGAUCAGCUGACGAGUCUGUUUCAGGCAAGAAGGUCAGACAGUCAUCCAAAGAUACAGUAGAGGAUUGGGAAAUUCCAGUAGAUGAAAUAUUGAUUGGCCCUCGCAUAGGGUCUGGGUCCUUUGGAACAGUUUAUCGUGGCCACUGGCAUGGUCCUGUUGCUGUGAAAACUUUGAAUGUUCGUGACCCGACACCAGCACAGUAUUCUGCCUUCAAGAAUGAAGUAUCAGUCCUAAAGAAAACAAGACAUGUAAAUAUUCUGCUGUUUAUGGGAUGUGUUAAGACUCAACAGUUGGCAAUUGUUACGCAGUGGUGUGAAGGGUCCAGCCUCUAUAAACACCUCCAUGUUCAGGAGACUAAAUUCGAGCUUAUGAGAAUUAUAGAUAUUGCCCGACAGACAUCACAAGGCAUGGACUACCUACAUGCAAAGAAUAUAAUUCACAGAGAUUUGAAGUCAAAUAACAUAUUCCUACAUGAUGAUUACACAGUCAAGAUAGGAGACUUUGGUCUUGCAACAGUCAAGGGAGGCCGAUGGACCCAAGAAUGUCAGGGUGGACGACAAAUCCAGCAGCCAUCAGGAUCAAUCCUUUGGAUGGCUCCUGAGGUGAUAAGAAUGCAGGAUGAGAACCCGUAUACCUCUCAGAGUGAUGUAUAUGCUUUUGGAAUCGUCAUAUAUGAGCUGUUCUCCGGCUGCCUCCCUUACUCAAAUAUAAAUAAUAAGGACCAGAUACUGUUCAUGGUGGGCCGAGGAUAUUUGCGGCCAGACAUGACAUACCUUCGGUCAGAUAUGCCCAAGCCAAUACGUCGUCUUUUUGACGACUGCAUCAAAUACAGUCGAGAUGAUAGACCAUUAUUCCCACAGAUCCUAGCCAACAUAGAAUCACUGGUGCGUUCCUUGCCAAAGAUCCAUCGUUCAGCAAGUGAGCCAACACUUACACGCACACACCUGAACACUGAUGAUAUGAUGUAUCUGUGUGCAUCGCCCAAGACGCCCAUCAACUCGGGUGCCUUUUUGUUCUCAACAGCUGGCAACAUUUAAGUUUUUGGGAGAGGGUCUGUUCCCCUGUACCAAACUGUGUUGUCCCACUGAGGAUAUUCUAUUAGACUUGCCAGCUAAAAUUGUCCAAUGGAGCCAGUCCCCACCCUACCCCCACUUCUUUCCCGUAAAUUUUGUCAAUUGAUUUGUCAAUAUGGAGCCAUUUCCCCUCCUGCUUUUAUUAAGCUGAGAUGUUCCAAUGAGACCACCUUUAGGCCAUACCAGCUGAGCUAUUAUAUGGAGUGCACUUCACCAAGAUUCUGCCAACUAAAAUGUUACAAACAGCUUACCCAGGCCUUGCCAAAAAGCAUUGUUACCUGAACAAUAAAGCUUCCUCAGGCAUUACUAAGACCACAGCUCCCACAAAUUUAGUCACCAAAUGGACUUGUAUAGAAAAUCUCAAUGACCAAGCUACCCUAUGAUGUUUGUCCUUGGUCUCCUCUGUAGAAUUGUGUGAACUCUGCUAAUCUUGUCAACUUGCUUAGCUCAACUAUGUGGACCUCAUCAGCAUUCAAAUGGCCUGACUGUUGCAGUAUUAUCAUCACCUUCCUCAGCCUCAGUGGCUAAUUUGUACAUCAUAGUUAAUGGUCAAGUUCAUUGUUUUACAAUUAUUAAUUAAGGGCCACAACAGGAGUGUCAUCUCAAAUUGGAUAUUGUCAGUAGGAAAGUAAACCUUAGCAUGAUAUUUCUUGCAUACACAAAUGAGGACUUAAUCCCUACUACUGUAUUACAUUUAUGUACUCUCAAGAUAGCUCCCUGUCAUACAGUACUAAUUUCCAAUCAUUUAUAUCCUUUUAGAGUAAGAAAGUUGAAAAUCUGAAAUUAGUCAGCUUUUUUUGAUAAUCAGAAAAUUUACCCAGCAGAGAUUAUUAGAGGCAAUGAGGUUUCCUUUUCAGACUAAAUUUUGGUAACUACAGAACGCUGUGUUGUACAUAGCAUACCAUAAUGACAAUAUAGUAUUCUUUCUGUAAAACAUAUUUUUAUGUGUAGCAGUAUUAACAUUUGGGUAUAAUUGAUUGUUCAGCAGUUCUUCAAAAUGAACACCUCUGCAGCAACAUCAAAGCCCAUUUAAUAAAAUAACAUAGAUUUUGGAAUAUGUCUGUGGAAAAAAUUAAGUCGGGUCCUCCUUCAUGAUCAGAAGUGUGUUUCUAAACAGUCUCCUUUAAUGAUUGACACAUGGUGUUAUGGCUGUAGUGGUCAGUUGCAGUAAAUGAACAAUGCACAUUUAUAGUAAAGUGUCCUAUGUUAAGUUAGAGCUGUGUGGUUGUCUCCUAACACUUCCACACACCAUCCUUCAACAUUCCAUAUGAUGAUUUGGCAGCAUAUUGUCUGUGAUCUCCUAUGCACAUGUGAUGAUUGAAAUGUAUUUUUCAAUAUUACAGUGUUUAGUUAUAGUUUUUUUCAUUAGUUUCAUUUAGAUAAUGGAAGUUUUGCAACAGAAAGUAUCUUUGCACACAAUCACAUAGGUUGUUUUGUCUCUUGCAACCCCAGAGUUACAAGAAUUCUAAUAUUGUAUUAUUAUGAAUGUAAUGCUCCAUAAAAUGGUUAUGACAAUUGUCAUGUGACAUGUAGAGGGUGAAGUGGUUGCCUGAGGUAAGCACUCUCAAAAAUAUUUGCAUCAUAGCAUUAAAGAAUUGCAUAACAAAAAA